AUGGUUUUUUUGAGCUUCCGAAGGAAAAGUCGUUUCCGGAGAAGACAGUCUUGGUGUCCGAAUGCAAUCGCCACCGAGCAGGCCAUCGCUGAGCUGGCGGGAGUUCAGCACUGCGAGGCCCGCGUCUCUGAGGACAAUCAGCGGCUGGUGCUGCUGGUCUCCGGCAGCUCCAGCGAGGCCGAGUUGAAGCAGAAGGCGCUGUCACUGGGCCGGGGCUACAUGCUCAGCCAGGUCAAAAUGGUUGACAGCGGCGACUGGAAGUUCAACGCCUUGGGGAAGCUCUUGCGGAACGCGGUGCCUUUGGAGGAGGUCGUGCGGGAGGUGAAGCAAAGCGCAGACCUUGGUGGUGGCGGGCCAGACGUGGUUCACUGCGGUGCCGGAGGCUCCUCGCUUGAACAGCGCUACCUGGUCCCAGAACAGUCGCCUCAGCGGGCUGCUGGCUUCCGCGAGCAGGCUGUCGCUGGCCACCGAGCUGGGGCCCUACAUGCUGGGCCGCGGCAAGAACAAGAGCUACGGACCCCACAGCUGGCCGAAGCUGUGCGCGAUGGUGCAGGGCCUGGCGAUCUUGGCCCAGCCGGUGAUGGUUGCAGCACGGCUACUCCUCGCUGA